UGUAGAGAGGAGUAGCUCUCCACAGAGAUGUUGAGCUCACAGCUCUCAGUCUUCUCACCACCACGGCCCACAAACUCGCCGCCACCAAUUCCCCACACUCUUUCCCAAAGAACCCACAUUCCCUCUCACGUCUACACUCACCCGGCCGCUCUCCUCCUCGAGCUCUGCACUUCCCCAAUAGAGCUCCGCCAAAUCCUCCCUCUCAUCCUCAAAAACGGCCUCUACAAAGAGCACUUGUUCCAGACCAAGCUCGUUAGCUUGUUCUGCAACUACAAUAGCCUCACCGAAGCCGCCCGCGCUUUUGAACCCAUUCCGUGUAAAUUGGAUGCCCUUUAUCACACUUUGCUUAAAGGGUAUGCAAAGUUUUCAUCUUUGGAUGAGGCUGUAGCGUUUUUUGUGAGGAUGAGGGAAGAUAAUGUUGAGCCUGUUGUGUAUAACUUUACUUAUUUGUUGAAGGUGUGUGGCGAUAAGGGAGAGAUUCGGAGGGGGAAGGAGAUUCAUGGGCAGUUGAUUGUUAAUGGGUUUUCGGAGAAUUUGUUUGCUAUGACUGGGGUUGUUAAUAUGUAUGCGAAAUGUGGGCGGAUUUAUGAAGCGUAUAAGAUGUUUGAUAGAAUGCCUGAGAGAGAUUUGGUGUCUUGGAAUACGAUUAUUUCUGGGUAUGCGCAAAAUGGGUUGGCGGGGAAGGCGUUGGAGUUGGUCGUUCGGAUGAAUGAGGAAGGUCGAAGAGGUGAUUUGGUAACGAUUGUGUCAAUUUUGCCCGCUGUUGCGAAUAUGGGGGCUUUGAGAAUUGGGAAGGCUGUUCAUGGGUAUGCUGUGAGGGCUGGGUUUGAGUCGCUUGUGAAUGUUGCUACUGCAUUGGUUGAUAUGUAUUCAAAAUGUGGGUGUGUUGGGACUGCGCGAUUGAUUUUUGAUGGGAUGAAGAGUAGGAAUGUUGUUUCGUGGAAUUCGAUGAUUUCUGGGUAUAUAGAAGGUGGAAAUGCGGAAGAAGCGAUGGUAAUUUUUCUGAAGAUGUUGGAUGAAGGAGUCGAACCAACUAAUGUUACUAUAAUGGAAGCCCUACAUGCUUGUGCCGAUUUGGGUGAUUUGGAGCGAGGAAUGUUUGUUCAUAAGUUGUUAGAUCAGUUCAAACUUGGAACAGAUGUUUCUGUGAUGAAUUCCUUGAUUUCAAUGUACUCCAAGUCUAAGAGAGUUGAUAUAGCUGCUGAUAUAUUUAGAAAAUUGAAGGGUAAAACACUGGUCUCUUGGAAUGCUAUUAUAUUAGGUUAUGCGCAAAAUGGUCGUGUAAAUGAGGCUUUAAAUUACUUCUGUGAGAUGCAAUCACACAAUGUAAAACCAGAUUCAUUUACGAUGGUGAGUGUAAUCCCAGCUCUGGCAGAGCUAUCAAUUACACGCCAUGCAAAAUGGAUUCACGGACUUGUUAUAAGAAGUUGUUUUGACAAGAAUGUUUUUGUGACAACUGCUCUUGUUGACAUGUAUGCAAAAUGUGGAGCAAUUGGCACUGCAAGAAAGCUUUUUGACAUGAUGAGUCAAAGGCAUGUAACGACAUGGAACGCCAUGAUAGAUGGAUAUGGCACUAAUGGACUUGGAAAAGAGGCUGCAGAACUUUUCAAUGAAAUGCGAAAGGGUGUCAUCAAACCCAAUGAUGUUACAUUUCUAUGUGUCAUCUCGGCUUGCAGCCACUCUGGUUUGGUUGAGGAGGGACUUAGCUACUUUACCAGCAUGAAGGAAGAUUAUGGCAUAGAGCCUGCAAUGGAUCACUAUGGUGCCAUGGUUGAUCUUCUUGGUCGAGCUGGCAGACUUAACGAGGCUUGGGAUUUCAUUCAAAAGAUGCCAUUUGAGCCAGGUAUUACUGUGUAUGGUGCAAUGUUGGGUGCUUGCAAGAUUCAUAAAAAUGUUGAGUUAGGUGAACAGGCAGCAGACAGACUGUUUGAAUUGAACCCCGACGAGGGUGGGUACCAUGUAUUGCUGGCUAACAUAUACGCUGCAGCUUCAAUGUGGGACAAAGUGGCCAAAGUGAGAACUGUCAUGGAGAAGCAAGGGCUUCAGAAAACUCCAGGCUGCAGUUUAGUUGAAUUGAGAAAUGAGGUUCACAGUUUCUAUUCUGGUAGCACAAGUCAUCCCGAAUCAAAAAGAAUAUACGCUUUCCUUGAGACACUCGUAGAUGAAAUCAAAGCAGCCGGUUAUGUGCCUGAUACCAACUCAAUUCAUGAUGUGGAAAACGAUGUUCAGGAGCAGUUGCUCAGUAGCCACAGUGAGAAGCUGGCUAUUGCAUUCGGACUUCUAAAUACCAAACCAGGUUCAACGAUACACAUUAGGAAAAAUUUGCGAGUUUGUGGGGACUGUCACAAUGCAACCAAGUACAUUUCACUUGUAACUGGACGAUAUAUAAUAGUGCGCGAUAUGCACCGGUUCCACCAUUUUAAGAACGGGGUCUGCUCUUGUGGGGAUUACUGGUGAUUUUGCCCUGAGAUAAUUCUUGAUUGUAGGCUUCUCUAUAGUGGUCUUGAGUGUAGAUACACCACGUUCUUGAUAAAUUUAUGUCCAUAUUCUCAAUCCUAUUCUCCAAAUAAUA